GUGCUAGUGGCGGGAGGAGUAAAGAUGGCGGCGCGUGGGUCUCCGCCCUCUGCUCCCGGCUGAAGCUCUCUGAGGGAGGUGGCAGCGGCAACCCGAGCCUCAACAGUAAUUUAGUGUUGGUAGUUUCGGCAGCAGCUGCCGAGGCCGGAGCAAUGGCGGAGCUGGAGCAUAUAGGAGGGAAGCGGGCAGAGUCGGCGCGAAUGCGGCGGGCAGAGCAGCUUCGGCGCUGGCGGGGCUCCCUGACAGAGCAGGAGCCUGCGGAGCGACGAGGCACGGGGCGGCAGCCGCUGACCAGGCGCGGGAGCCCCAGGGUCCGCUUCGAAGACGGUGCUGUCUUCCUGGCCGCCUGCUCUAGCGGGGACACCGACGAGGUGAAAAAGCUUCUGGCAAGAGGUGCCGAUAUCAACACGGUCAACGUGGACGGCUUGACAGCCCUGCACCAGGCCUGUAUUGAUGAAAAUUUGGACAUGGUGAAGUUUCUGGUGGAGAACAGAGCCAAUGUAAAUCAGCAAGACAACGAGGGCUGGACACCCCUUCAUGCAGCAGCUUCCUGUGGCUAUCUCAACAUAGCAGAGUAUUUCAUUAACCACGGAGCCAGUGUAGGUAUUGUCAAUAGUGAAGGUGAAGUUCCCUCUGACCUUGCAGAAGAGCUAGCCAUGAAGGAUCUUCUUCUGGAGCAAGUAAAGAAGCAAGGAGUUGAUCUAGAGCAGUCAAGAAAAGAAGAAGAGCAGCAGAUGUUGCAGGAUGCCCGCCAGUGGCUCAACAGUGGGAAAAUAGAGGAUGUGAGGCAGGCUCGCUCAGGGGCUACAGCCCUUCAUGUGGCUGCUGCCAAGGGCUACUCUGAAGUCCUCAGACUUUUAAUUCAGGCUGGCUAUGAACUCAAUGUUCAGGAUUAUGAUGGCUGGACUCCUCUCCAUGCUGCUGCACACUGGGGAGUGAAGGAGGCUUGCUCCAUCCUGGCAGAAGCACUCUGUGACAUGGAUAUUCGAAACAAACUGGGCCAGACACCAUUUGAUGUAGCUGAUGAGGGUCUUGUGGAACAUUUGGAGAUGCUCCAGAAGAAGCAGAAUGUGCUUCGAAGUGAAAAGGAGACACGGAAUAAACUCAUUGAGUCAGACCUGAACCGCAAGAUGCAGAGUGGGCUCUUUAAAAACAAAGAGAAGAUACUCUAUGAGGAGGAGACUUCUAAGUCCCAAGAAACGGGGGAAGAAAACAAAGAAUCUAGUAGCUCCAGCUCAGAGGAGGAGGAAGGUGAAGAUGAAGCUUCUGAGUCAGAAACUGAGAAGGAGGCAGAUAAAAAGACGGAAGCCUUUGUCAACCAUUCCAACUCUGAAAACAAGAGUAGUAUCACGGAGCAGAUACCAGCACCAGCUCAAAAUACCUUCUCUUCCUCUUCUGCUAGGAGGUUCUCUUCUGGCCUUUUUAACAAGCUGGAAGAGCCCAAAGAUGAAUCUCCUUCUUCAUGGAGAUUGGGACUGAGAAAAACUGGCAGCCACAACAUGCUGAGUGAGGUGGCCAAUUCCAGGGAACCUCUAAGGGACCGAGGCUCUUCCGUCUACCGCUCUUCUUCAAGCCCUCGGAUUUCUGCUCUGCUGGACAACAAAGAUAAGGAGAGAGAAAACAAAAGCUAUAUUAGUUCACUAGCACCCCGGAAGCUCAAUAGCACAAGUGACAUUGAAGAAAAGGAGAACAGAGAAUCAGCUGUUAAUCUAGUGAGGAGUGGCUCCUAUACCCGGCAGCUAUGGAGGGAUGAAGCAAAGGGACAUGAAACCCCACAGACAAUUGCUCCCUCCACCUAUGUAUCAACCUACUUGAAAAGUGCUUCAUUUGGUAGAAGUAGUGACCCCACAAGUCCCUACAUUUCAGCCAAUCGCAAUUCAUCUCCUGCUACCUCACCCAUUACCAUUGGUUCAUCUACCUCUCGGGGCAGCCAGUGGCAACCUGCCUCUUCUUGCCCUGCACCAAUCAGUGCAAACACUACUGCAUCUGUACAUCAUGGCAGGAUUCCUCACAAAUCCCAGGCUGACUCCACAGCAGAGAAAACAGCAGACAAUGUCUCUUCUAGCACCCCGCUUUGUGUGAUCACCAAUCACCCUCUGCCAAGCACUGCCAAUGGGGUUACAACUACUCCUGUGCUCUCCAUUACUGGAACAGACUCCUCUGUGGAAGCCAGGGAGAAGAGGAGGUCCUAUCUGACUCCUGUACGGGAUGAAGAAGCAGAGUCUUUACGGAAAGCACGCUCCAGACAAGCUCGGCAGACACGAAGGUCUACUCAAGGUGUCACCCUAACAGAUCUUCAAGAAGCAGAAAGGACUUUCAGCCGGUCGAGGGCAGAGAGGAAAGCUCAGGAGCAGCCUUGUGAGAAGCCCACAGACACUGAAGGGGGGCUUGAGGGGAGCCCUGAGAAGCAUGAGCCCUCAGCAGUCCCAGCAACGGAAGCUGGGGAGGGCCAGCAGCCCUGGGGCAGGAGUCUGGAUGAAGAGCCUAUCUGUCGUCGCCUGAGGUGUCCAACUCAGCCAGACAAACCCACCACGCCAACAUCUCCUUCUACAUCAAGACCCUCACUCUACACCAGUUCCAGUUCCCACCUGCUACGGACAAAUAGAUUCUCAGACCCUGAUUCUGAGAGUUCAAAGACUACCACAAACACUACAACUGCAAAGGAAAUGGACAAAAAUGAGAAUGAAGAAGCAGAUUUGGAUGAGCAGUCCUCUAAGAGGCUGUCCAUCCGAGAGAGGAGGCGGCCCAAGGAACGGCGAAGAGGCACAGGCAUCAAUUUCUGGACAAAGGAUGAGGAUGAAACUGAUGUCUCCGAAGAGGUCAAAGCAGCAUGGCAUGAAAGACUUUCUAGGUUGGAAUCAGGAGGUAGUAAUCCUACAACCAGUGAUUCUUAUGGUGACCGGGCUUCAGCAAGAGCCCGUCGGGAGGCCCGGGAGGCCCGUCUAGCCACCCUGACCAGCCGUGUAGAAGAAGACAGCAACAGAGAUUAUAAAAAACUCUAUGAGAGUGCCCUGACUGAAAAUCAAAAACUGAAAACAAAACUUCAGGAGGCCCAGCUAGAGCUAGCAGAUAUAAAAUCCAAGCUUGAGAAGGUGGCCCAGCAAAAACAAGAAAAGACCUCUGACCGGUCAUCAGUGCUGGAGAUGGAGAAACGGGAGAGGCGAGCCUUGGAGCGCAAAAUGUCAGAAAUGGAGGAAGAAAUGAAGAACCUCCACCAGCUAAAACAGAUUCAAACCUUGAAGCAGAUGAACGAGCAACUGCAGGCUGAGAACAGGGCCCUGACCCGAGUGGUGGCCAGACUCUCGGAGUCCAUCGAGUCCUCGGACACCCAGGAGCUCUAGUUCUUGCCCCUCCUCUUCACCUCACUUCCCUCCUCCACUACUCCAGGUGUUAACAGAACUGAAAUCCGACAACCAGAGGCUGAAAGAUGAAAAUGGUGCCCUCAUCAGAGUCAUCAGCAAACUGUCCAAAUAGGCUA